AUGCUGCAAAUGACUGGGGCCCCGCGUGCAGUCGCUGCCCGGCUGCGCGAAGCCCGGGGUUCCAGCACGGACAGUGCGAACAGGAACAGCAGUUUGGGCCAGGACAUUGCUGAAAGCAUGAGGCUGUGUUGGUUCCUCGCCGCGCUCCUCGCCGUGGUGGGGGCUGCAGUGGAAGAAAAAUGCGAGAGAAGCGAUUUCCAGUGCCAUGAUGGGCAAUGCAUCUCCUACAAGUGGGUUUGUGACGGGGUUGCCGAGUGCCAGGACGGCUCUGAUGAGUCCCAGGAGACGUGCAUGUCUGUCACCUGCAAGUCGGAGGACUUCAGCUGUGGGGGUCGUGUGAACCGCUGUAUUCCUGGGUUCUGGAGAUGUGACGGCCAGGUGGACUGUGAGAAUGGCUCGGAUGAGCAAGGCUGCUCCCCCAAGACCUGUUCCCCGGAGGAGUUCAGCUGCCAUGACGGGAAGUGCAUCGCCCCUGAGUUCGUCUGCGACGCGGACCGGGACUGCCUGGACGGCUCGGACGAGGCCGCCUGCCCGGCGCCCACCUGCGGCCCCGCCCACUUCCAGUGCAACAGCUCCGUCUGCGUCCCCGAGCUGUGGGCCUGCGACGGCGACCCCGACUGCGACGAUGGCUCCGAUGAGUGGCCGCAGCACUGCGGGGGCCGCAACACGUCCGCCAAGCACGGGGCCCACCCCUGCUCGGCCCUGGAGUUCCUCUGCCGCAGCGGGGAGUGCAUCCACCCGAGCUGGCGCUGCGACGGCAGCCCUGACUGCAGGGACAAGUCUGACGAGGAGAACUGCGCUGUGGCCACAUGCCGGCCUGACGAGUUCCAGUGCUUGGAUGGGACCUGCAUCCACGGCAGCCAGCAGUGUGACAAGCGGCAUGACUGCAAGGACAUGAGUGAUGAGCUUGGCUGUAUCAAUGUGACUCUGUGUGAGGGCCCCAACAAGUUCAAGUGCCACAGUGGUGAAUGCAUCACCUUGGACAAAGUGUGCAACUCGGUUCGGGACUGCAGGGACUGGUCGGAUGAGCCCCUCAAGGAGUGUGGGACCAACGAAUGCCUGGACAACAAGGGUGGCUGCUCCCAUGUCUGCAAGGAUCUCAAGAUUGGCUACGAGUGCUUGUGUCCCGAGGGCUUCCGGCUGGCGGACCAGCUAAGAUGUGAAGAUAUUGACGAGUGUCAGGACCCCGAUGCCUGCAGCCAGCUCUGUGUGAACCUCGAGGGCAGCUACAAGUGUGAAUGUGAGGAGGGCUUCCAGCUGGACCCCUUCACCAAGGCCUGCAAGGCCGUGGGCACCAGCGCCUACCUCUUUUUCACCAACCGCCACGAGGUAAGGAAGAUGACGCUGGACCGAAGAGAAUAUACCAGCCUCAUCCCAAACCUGAAGAACGUGGUUGCCCUGGACAUGGAAGUGGCCAGCAACAGAGUCUACUGGUCCGAUUUGUCCCUCAGGAAGAUCUACAGCACCCAGAUCAACAGAGUGCCCAGCUUCUCCUACGACACCAUCAUCGGCGAGGACCUCCAGGCCCCUGACGGGCUGGCGGUGGACUGGAUCCACAGCAACCUUUACUGGACUGACUCCAUCCUGGGCACCGUCUCUGUGGCUGACACCAAGGGCGUGAAGAGAAAGACCCUCUUUAAGGAGAAAGGCUCCAAGCCGAGGGCCAUUGUGGUGGAUCCUGUUCAUGGCUUCAUGUACUGGACGGACUGGGGGACUCCUGCCAGGAUCAAGAAAGGGGGCCUGAACGGUGUGGACAUUCACUCACUGGUGACAGAGGACAUCCAGUGGCCCAAUGGCAUCACCUUGGAUCUUUCCAGUGGACGCCUCUACUGGGUCGACUCCAAGCUCCACUCCAUCUCCAGCAUCGAUGUCAACGGGGGGAACCGGAAGACGAUUUUGGAGGACAAGAAAAAGCUGGCACACCCUUUCUCCUUGGCUAUCUUUGAGGAUAAAGUAUUCUGGACGGACAUCAUCAACGAAGCCAUUUUCAGUGCCAACCGCCUCACAGGGUCCGACAUUAAUUUGAUGGCAGAAAACCUGUUGUCCCCGGAGGACAUUGUCCUUUUCCACAACCUCACACAGCCAAGAGGGGUGAACUGGUGUGAGAAGACUAUCCUCCCUAAUGGUGGCUGCCAGUACCUGUGUCUCCCGGCCCCGCAGAUCAAUCUCCACUCACCCAAGUUCACCUGCGCCUGCCCCGAUGGCAUGCUGCUGGCCAAGGACGGCAGGAGCUGCCUCGCAGACACUGAACCUGUAGUGACCACCUGGGGACCCACCAUGGUUUACUCAACUGUGGCCAUUCCUGAGCUCACCACCACCAGCAUAGUGACUAAGCCCCACGAAGACCUGAACAACAUUACUAACAAAGAGGUCAAGAGGCCCAGGAGCUUGGGCGCGCUGUACAUUGUCCUCUUCAUCGUGCUGCUCACAAUUCUGUGCUUUGGGACCUUCCUCCUCUGGAGGAACUGGCGACUGAAGAGCAUCAACAGCAUCAACUUCGACAACCCUGUAUACCAGAAGACCACGGAGGACGAGGUCCACAUCUGCCACGGCCAGGGUGGCUACACCUACCCCUCGAGACAGAUGGUCAGGAUGGAGGAUGACAUGGCAUAA